UAUACAGACGCUUUUGACGGCUCGGUCGGCGCACACCGUUUGUUGUGUUUAUCAUGUCAGAUUCUCAGGAAGAAAAGAAAGAAGCAAUAAAAAGAUCACUCGAAAAUUACGAUGAAUCGAGUGACGAUGAACCGAGCAAUAAAUUGGCCAAAGCUGGAGAUGGACCUAGACUAUGCCCUUAUCUGGAUACGAUAAACAGACAGUUUUUAGAUUUUGAUUUUGAAAAGCUCUGUUCUGUAUCGCUGUCAAGGAUCAAUGUCUAUGCUUGCUUAGUGUGUGGCAAAUAUUUUCAAGGUAGAGGAACCAAUACCUACGCUUAUACGCACAGCGUUGCUGAUAGCCAUCAUGUUUUUUUGAAUCUUCAUACUCUCAAAUUUUACUGUCUGCCUGAUAAUUAUGAAAUCAUUGAUUCAUCUCUGGAUGACAUUAAAUUUGUGCUCAAUCCAACAUUUGACAAAGCUCAUAUUGAGCAGCUAGAUACCAAUGGAAAACUAUCAAGAGCUAUUGAUGGUUCAAUGUACUCACCUGGUAUUGUGGGCAUGAACAAUAUCAAAGAGAAUGAUUACUGCAAUGUUGUUUUACAAGCAUUGUCUCAUGUCACACCUCUACGUAAUUACUUCCUCAGAGCUAAAAACUAUUCAAAAGUAAAAAGACCACCUGGGGAUUCGUCAUACCUUUUAGUACAAAGGUUUGGAGAAUUGAUGAGAAAAUUAUGGAAUCCUAGAAAUUUUAAGGCACAUGUAAGUCCUCAUGAAAUGCUCCAAGCAGUAGUUUUAUGGAGUAAAAAAAAAUUUCAAUUUACUGAGCAGGGUGAUCCUGUGGAUUUCCUAUCUUGGUUCUUAAAUGCUCUACACUUAGCUCUAAAUGGAACCAAAAAAAAAAACUCGAGCAUCAUUUACAAAACAUUUUUGGGACAAAUGAGAAUCUACACGCGGAAAAUUCCACCCCUUGAGCUAGAGGAAAGCAAAAGAAACGAGCUGAUGAGUACCGUGGAGUACGCAGAAACGCUGACGGAAAGUCCAUUUUUGUACUUGACCUGCGAUUUACCGCCUCCACCGCUUUUCAAAGAUCAACACGCAGAAAAUAUUAUUCCGCAGGUAACUCUAUGGACUCUGUUGAAUAAAUUCAACGCUAUAAACGAGAAAGAGUAUAAAACCUACAAAGAGAAUUUUAUGAAGAGAUUCGAGAUAAGAGAAUUACCGCCGUAUUUAAUUCUGUACAUCAAACGCUUUACGAGAAAUACAUUUUUCGUGGAAAAGAAUCCUACGAUCGUCAAUUUUCCCGUCAAAAACAUCGAUUUCGGAGACAUCCUGACUCCGGAAGUCAAGGCUAUGCACCCGUGCACGACCUACGAUCUGGUCGCAAACGUGGUCCACGACGGCGAGCCCAGUCACGGCACCUACCGAGUGCACAUUCUGCACAAGGCCACCCAACAAUGGUACGAGCUGCAGGAUCUACACGUCACUCCGAUUUUGCCGCAAAUGAUAACGCUCACGGAGGCCUACAUUCAAAUUUACGAGCUGCAAAGCCACAAGUCAGACUCAUCGAACGAAAAGUAAUGAGUUUUCGAGUCAUCGCAAUUUCUGUGUUCAUA